CGGAAUAAACAGAAUCUUCUACCAGAUCAUCAAGCGAAUAUUCGCCGUCUACAAAAAAUCAACUUCAAAAACAAACUACCUACCACUACCAAACAAACAAACCACACAUCCACAAUGGGUCUGACCGACGACAAGAAGACCACGGCCGACUCGGCCACCGAAGGCGUUACCGGAGCCGCUCAGUUCCUCACCAGCACGCUGGGCAACACGGUUGGCGGCCUUGGACGCACAGUCGGCAACGUCACCGGCGCGGCGACCCGAGGCGUUGGCGACACCGUGACAGCCGCCACUGGUGACCUCGGCCGUCCCCUUGGCGACGCGGUGGGCAAUCUGGGCACCGGCGUCCAGGGCGGACUUGACAGCGUCUCCAAGGGCGUCGAGAAUGCCGGACAAUGGAAGAAGCAGUAA